AUGGUUUCUACUUAUUUUACUCCGGUAUCACUACCUAAUUGGGAAAAACGUCUCAGUUUUGCCGUUUGGACAUUUCAUUCAUUAGCCGCAUUCGUUAUCGCUUAUAAUGUUUCCACCGGAAGUCUCAGUCGUUGGAUAGGCCAUUGGCUUGAAAAAUCGUCAUAUUCUGAUGAUCUGCGAAUAGACAAUUCUGACAACGAGUGGAAAGUUUUCCGAUUAGGAGUUUAUCACAUGGCUUCUUCUAAUUUGUUUAAUUCCCUAGGAUUCUAUUUGAUAACUAAGUUGUUCGAUGGAGCAGCGUCUCAAAUACUUUUAGUAACAUUAGGUAUUGCUACACAGGUUCACAUGACUAGCUUGCGAUGUAUGGCUUUUGUUCUUCUAUUCAGUCUGGUUGUAGUCUGUUUAGCUAAGAAAACACAAAGCAAGACUUUGGUUUGGGUUUUGUGUAUAGCUUUUGUAAUAAAAGCUCACGAAUAUCUGCCUUAUACAGUCGGACUUCACACUUUCUAUAGAGAGUUCAAUGUAUAUCUGUACAAUGCUUUCAAGCUUUUAAAUUUUUGCUUGUAUCUUUGCCGGAAUCCUGAGAUUAACUACCGUGAUAUCUUUAUGGAACAUAUGCUAUACGUCUCCUACUUACCUUAUUCUAUGUCACUUAUUGUACGGUUCGAAGACUUCCAAAAUCAAAUAAGGGAGAGAUUGAAGGCUGGUCCUCAAUUACCUAAUAAAAAUUGUCUAAUAUUUGGAUUACGAGUUAUAUUCUGGAUGUUCGUUUAUGACAUCCUUCUUCAUUUCAUUCAUGUAAACGCUUUAUUCAAUUCUCCUUUCACUGUUAUUGAUCAACUAGACAAAUAUGAACUCGCAUCCGUAGCAUAUGUUGCGGGCCAGUUCUUCCAUUUGAAAUAUGUCGUCAUUUUUGGACUUCCUUCCUUCUUUGCUAUGGUAGAUGGAAUGAUCCCGCCACCUCCACCUAUCUGUAUUUCUAGAGUUUCUCGUUACUCGAGGAUGUGGAGACACUUUGAUUACGGUCUAUACCAAUUCCUCAAACAUAACGUGUAUCUGCCUCUCAUGAUGCCUGUUCUACCUCUUCACCUGUCGAUCUUGCGCGGACUAGGUACUCUAGUAGCUGUAUUUAGCGUGGUAAUAGCAUGGCAUGGGUUGCGCUUUCACACAUUGUGCUGGGUUUCCUUGUCAGCACUCGAACUCAUCAUUGAGAAGAUUGGUAAAGCGAUUUGGAGUACUGAACAGUUUCAACAAUUCAAAAAUCGUAUAGGAGAAUUGAACACAAGGAGAAUCAUAGCAAUUGGAAUGCUAGCCACAGUCAUUCCAGGAAUAUUCGGCGUAUUCUUCUUCUUGGGUCAAGAGGGGAUAGGUGAAACUGUCUUUUCGAAGCUUCUGUAUGGGGGACUUAAGGAUAUGUUAACAUUGAACGUUAGAAUUGAUAGGUUCAACUCUGGCUUUGUGCUAUUCCAUUUAUUUGUCCUAGGAUAUUACUUCAAUCAAGUGUGCAUUGAGCUAGAUAGAAACAAAAUUAAAAAAGAAUAA